UUUCAGUAUAUAUUACUGUCAUUCAAGGUGGCACCAUCAAGAUUCAAGAUGUCCUUAGAAACCUUCUCAGUCGAACUGUCUCACUGCUCUAUCUAGGCAUCUUGAUGUAACCUUUCUCGGAUUCAUCCUUCCCAAAUACGGAAGUCCCGGAAGCGGCUGCCCAAGGCUCAGUCGAGUGACAGCAGGAGAGCGCCGGGGACGCCAGGACCAGACCGCCAUAGCCGAUACACAUCUCGCUUUUUCUAAAGAAAACGUGAGAGUAAACCCCGGAUCCCUUGUCAGAGGACCGUUGACAUGGAAACACUGGUUGAGCGUCUGGAGCAGGCAGUAAUUCGUCUGGAGGCGGUGGCGGUCAAACUGCAGAACUGUCCUGGGGGUUUGGUCAACGGAGACAUCAGCAGCAUUAUCAACGGAGUGUCUUUACCUCGAAAGGCAACAUUCACCAAUCUAAGUUUCUCAUCAGUGCUGAAAGACAUGGGCUGGGAGAGGGUUUUAUCUCCUAUAGCAGAGAUGGUGAGCAAUGCCCUUCAGGUCCAGCGUGCUUUCCUCAAAAUGACCAUGACACAUAAGGAGCCGGCAAAGACAGAGAUGGCUGACCUCCUCAGACCCCUCUCCGACCAGAUCCAGGAGGUCCAGAAUUUCCGGGAGAAGAACCGCGGCAGCAGACUGUUCAACCACCUGUCUGCCGUGAGCGAGAGCAUCCCCGCUCUGGGUUGGGUGGCUGUGUGUCAGAAACCAGGGCCGUAUGUGAAAGAGAUGAACGAUGCUGCAAUAUUCUACACAAACAGAGUCCUGAAAGAUUACAAAGACACUGACCCAUGUCAUGUUGAGUGGGUUCGUUCCUAUCUGAACAUCUGGACUGAACUUCAGACCUACAUAAAAGAGCACCACACCACUGGACUCUUCUGGAACAAGACUGGUCCUGUAGCCCCUCCCUCACUGUUCAGUGCUUCUUCUGGUGGUCCUUGCCCUCCUCCUCCUCCUCCUCCACCAGGUCCUCCUCCGAUGUUCAUGGAUGACAGCCCCAAACCCGACGACACAGCAGCCCAGCACUCAGCUCUGUUUGCACAGCUCAACCAGGGAGAGGUCAUCACUAAAGGUUUGAAGCAUGUGUCUGAAGAGCAGAAGACCCAUAAGAACCCCAACGUGCGCUCUCAGGGAGGGAGGACACACCAGGGAUCUCCAGCCAAAAGUCAGAACCCCAGCACAUCUGCGUGCGCACCUGCCAAAAAACAUUCCCCCGUGCUGGAGCUGGAAGGAAAGAAGUGGAGAGUGGAGCACCAGGAGAAGUCUCAUGACCUGGUGAUAGAGGAGACCGAGCUCAGACAGGUGGUUUAUGUCUUUAGCUGUAGCAACUCCACACUCCAGAUCAAAGGCAAAGUCAACUCCAUCAUAGUGGAUAACUGUAAGAAGCUCGGACUCGUGUUUGACAGUGUGGUGGGCAUCGUUGAGAUCAUCAACUCCAGAGACAUUCAGCUUCAGGUUAUGGGAAAAGUUCCUACUAUUUCUAUUAACAAGACUGAGGGGUGCCAUGUCUACUUGAGCAAGGAUUCACUUGACUGUGAGAUUGUCAGUGCCAAGAGCUCUGAGAUGAACGUCCUCGUUCCUGAGGGAGAAGAUGAUUAUAGGGAGUUUCCAAUCCCAGAGCAGUUUAAAACGGUUUGGGACGGCUCCAGCCUGGUGACAGAGCCCACAAAGAUUGCUGGUUGAUUCCUUUUCCAGCUCGUCAUCGCUUUCCUCCUACCCAGAAUUCUUCAUGCACUUUCACUGUAUCACACUGUUAGUGGAGACGGAAGAAUUCAUACAUUGUGGUUAUGAGAGGUGUAGAUUUAGGCUCAGAAAAUGCAAAAUAUGGACAAAAAGUUCCAUUUUCCACAAACCAAUUAUGAAACAUUUCAACAAAUGGAGAUGUUUCUCCUUAACUAAGCAGCAAUAAAAAUACAUAAUAUACAUAUAUUAAUUAUUAUACAUUAAAAGUAAUUACAGAUGAUGGCACCAUUAUGUGUGAAUAUGGGAAUUUUUUUAGGCAGCAACUCAAAGUACUAAGUUAAAAUAAUGAAUCAGUAAGCAAUCAGAUGUUUACUU